AUGCACAUGACGAUGGCUCUUCAUUUUUUCAUAGUCGCGUUGACCUUCUUCGAAACAGGGUAAGCUACUGGUGCUUCGUUCGCAAAAAACACUUUUAUUUGAUUCUUCCAGCAACAAUGAAAUUAAGGGUUUGCAUGUUGGGAUGAGGAAUACCUCAGGGACAGGCGUAUGAUACAUUCUUCAUCCCAGGCUUACCAUGUGUCUUUAAGCCGAAGCGUUAGACAACCAAACACGAAUGCUGGCUUGAACCAAUUCGAUGGUCCAUCACAUCCAGCUACUGCUACAUCAUUUUUGUGCGUAAAAUUGCCUUGCCUUGCCACCCAGAACAUCGUGAAUUUAACUAAUGCCGUACACAUCAGACAUCCGGACUUGACCCAAUUUGACUGCCUUUUAAACUCCAAACCUCCUUCCCUCAAAACAUUGUGAAAUAAACUGUAUCGUAAUACGAUGUCAAUGAAUAUUACGAAUGCCAUUGCGAUAGCAAUCAUUCGACAAACUGCAUGGCAUAUAAGACAUGUUUAUUCAGAUUUCGAAGCUUUUGCUGUUAACGUGAUUUUAGGCCGUUUUUAAUUAGUAAGCAUAAUCAGACGUAGAAGAAGAAGACACGACCGCCGGGACAAGUGUUUUGUUAGCCUGAAGCUUCAUAUUCCUGCUCGAGUCCUUAUCUGCUUCUGUCCCUGAUGAUGGAUUCGAGCAGGAAUCCGAAACUUCAGGCCAAUAAAACACUUGACCCGACGAUGGUGUCUUCUUCUUCAAGACUGCUUCUUGGGACUCGUCUCUUCGCUUCUAUUCGCAACCAUCAGAUGUCUCCACAUUUUCGACAGUUACGUUUUUUUCCGCCAACAAAUUUGAAGUAAUUGGUAAAUUGUAUACAGACAAAGGACUGUGUUAAGAAUAUCUUUAAGGAUAUAGAACGAUUAAAUGCCGCUAUAUGUGCGCUUAAAAUAAGACGAUGCUCUUUAACGGCUGCUUAACGUCAUCGUUUUUGGUAAACUCAUCUUAGCUCAUCAUCAUCACUAAAAAUAAAUUCUUGUUUAUGACGCUUAACAUAAUUUCGAAUUUAUCCUUGAGGUCAGAUAAAUUUUCGAUGUUUGCUUCCCUUAUUCAAAUGCUACCUACGUCUAUUUAUACAGUACUUAGUGUUUAAUAAAAUAUGUUUUAUAUGGAGUAAACACGUCAUUUGCACUCAUACGCGGUUCACCACAGCGGCAAUUUAUAUCACGCUGAAUGUGUAACUAGAACAUGAGUCAUUUUUAGGUUCGGUCAAGACCCUUGCAAUUGGAGCAAACGUAUUAUCCCGAAGGGAGCAGCUGGGAACUUCACCGUAGAAGUUCCGAUACAUUACAGUUAUCGGGUGAGUUCACAAAUUACAGGUGCUGUUAAAACGAAGCGGUCUUCUUGAUUAUCCUGUCAUAUAAUGUUACAAAUGCUUAUAACAGCAAUGCAUUAUACAUGUCUUCUAGCGUGGAUAUAUAAAUGAGGAUCCAUUUGGAACAUAUUUUUGGGCAAGGGGCUGGUGUACGCUCAAAGAGGGCUAUUUUCGGUGUCCCUACGGAAACCGUAUGUUUUCGAUCCUUGCCUAAUCAUUCAGUCAAACAUUUGCCUCUGAUGUAAAGGAUUUGUGGAUCAUUCUUCUUCCGUCACUUUAUGAACAUAGAACUCGCCAUCAAAAACAAGAUAUACAUAUAUAUAUAUAUAUAUAUAUAUAUAUCGAGAGGAUAUAUAUGUAUAUAUGUAUUUAUAUUACAUAUAGCAUAGUCUUUAGUGUUAAUGCCUUAAAUGUAGCAGUGAGGUGCCAUGUAAGCAUAUUCUAAGCUAAGAUAAAUUGGAAUAUCUACUAGUGGCUGACUUAGUAUACACGAUAUUUUUUAAGGCAAUAACAUCCACACGACCAUCCUUACACUCCCAAAAGUUGACGAUAUCUCCUACGUUAUGCUGAAGGACAGAUAUCCAAUCACACUUCACAGGCUGGAGGACAAAACCGUCCGUGCGUUUAUUUGUUUCACACCCUGCCAGAAUUGUCACAUUCACCUUUCUCGUUUUGCAACCUAGUUAAAACAAAAGACUAUUACGCAUGUUCCUUAAAUUCCAAUUAUAAAAAUGCGCUUUUCCUCAGCUGGCUUUUAUGUGAAGGAGGGUGACCUUUUGGACGUCUGCUCGAACUUCACCAGAUACAGCUUUUUCUGGUUCUUCAAUGGCAAUGAAACCGACUUGAAGGAUGUAAGUUAUGAACGGGUGCCGUAUAUGCACUUAAGUCAUGACAGAAUUGGAUCAUUUCACCUAAUAUUGAUCUCCUCUCAAUAGCUCAGUUGCUACCACAACGGCAAACAAUUUUGCAGUGGAUUGACGCCUGCAAAAACGAGAGCAGAGGGAAACUGUAGUAAAUGCUCAACAGUUAUUUUCAAUUGAUCCAAAAAGUCUUUGCAUUCAUAAAUCCAUUCUUGUCAAAUAUUGAGUUUUCUAUAACUUUGAUCUGUUAUGCUCAUCUGAAUAUGGUGGUAUUUUCUGACAUUAUUUUAGUUUUUAUCAAAAAGAAUGGCAGAAUAGAGAUAGGAUACAGGUUUUCAAAGCCGUCAACACGUUUCGGAUACUACUACUGUUACCUGGACAAAGGAAUGACCAAAGCCCUGACUUAUAUCGUCGACUGGAAAAGUUAGUUUUCCAGUGCUUUUCUAAACUGUUGAUAACUUCCAGUUAUUGGCACUUCACAACAAUUUAGUAAACACCACACGUAUGACGACCUCAGGCAAUCGACAUUCUACGUUGAUUGCAAUCAGAAUUGGGUCUGAAUGUAUACCGAUUUUAGCCUGAAUUUAAUAUUCCGUAGUCGGCCGUUGACAGAAGGGAGUGCAUUUCCCCAGGCAUGAAUUUAAAAGAAACUAACAUAUCGAAUCAUCUCGUUGAUAUAUCUACCUCGAAACACCUGCAAUGUAGCCUAACGAUGACUGCUUCCAUGGUGACCAAAUAAUUACCCUUUUCCAUAAUUUGUUGGUGUUACUGAACAGAAUGCCUUAUGUGAACUCCCUAUAGAUGGCACGAAAACGAGGGACAACUCUACUACCGUGACAAAGUCGAGUAGUCGUCCGGAUAUUCCAAAUCCUUCGACCUCCAGCGCAUCAAUAAUACUGGGUAAGUCAGUGACAGUCAGCUUUCUUGAACAUUGCCAUCCACCAUGGGAAUCACAGUAGGUUUGAUAGGUAGGAAAGAUGUAUCGAAUAUCAAUUCUAUGCAAGCAGUUUUAAUUUACGAUAUCUCACCUACAACAAUGCAGGAAUGUGAAAGUGAAGGUCGCUGUCAUGAGUUCAGUAGAUGCUUUUUGGGAAAAUAUGCAGAACCCAACGGUGGCUUGUAUAUAUUUCAGAAAUCUAGCCAUUUUAAUUGCUUAUGUUAUCUUUAGGUGAGAUCUCAUUGGUGUGGCUAUGGUCGCUUUUUGCAAGUCAAAUUUGA